UUAAUCGAAUCGAUUUCGCGUAAAGUGACAAUUCUGGAUGCAGAACGCAAUGCAUUGGAUGGAGAAAUGGGCUUAAAUGAAAUCCUAAAAAACGAAAUACUCAGUGAACUAGCCGAAAAUGCAGAUGCACAGAUGCUGGAAAAGAUCGAUAAGAAUCUUGCACAAAAUGCACAGCUGUGCAGGCUAGAAACGCGUUUACGAAUGCAUCUGGAACGUUUGGAAUCAAUUUCGCUGAGCAACGAGAAUGUGGACCGAGAGCUGAUUAAAGCACGAAUCGAACGUCUGAAACGACAGAUUGACGAUCAGACAAUCCUGAGAAAAGCAUUCGAUAGGCGCGAUGCUGAAUCACUUUUUGCCAGUUUCACUAAUCCAGGUGCAAGCAUUCUUAGCAUGGGAUUGAUGCCUGUGAAUAUGCGAAUCACUGAGUUGGCGGACUGA